AUGAGUUUGUUCGGUGCUGCUUCUCCUCCAUGGGUUCUAAGGACCUCUCCUCUCACAACACCCUCUUCUUCUUCAUCUUCUUCUUCAUCUUCUUCUUCAAAAUUCUCAAAAUACCAAUCAUGCCCUUCUCCUCGCCUUUUAUGCUGCGCGCAAGCCAACGUAGGAAGUGACUUCAAAUUCGUUCUUCACGAUGCUCUCGAUUCCUCUGGAACCCCCACCUCCCUCGCCAGGGAGGCUAGGGAGGGGUUCUGCUCACAAAUUCGCCAUCUAUCUGGUAUAGAGAGGCAAACCAGCAUUAGCAUCAAUAGAUGUGUUGAUCUGGGGAAAACAGCUCUUUUCAUUGCAGCAGAGGAUGACUCCCUUGUGUCACAUUCGUCAGUUCCGCUUCCAGUGGAUGCUUUUAUCAGUAGAUUUGGUGAUCUUUCCAUGGACUAUUGUUCUCACUACAAUUCUUCAUUCAGAUCCUCUCCUGAGAGAUUGUUGGAGGGUUUGGAAAAUUAUUUGUACGUAAACAAGGCUUUCCGAAGAACCAAUGCAAGGCAUCACUCCGAACCACGAGCUCUUUAUCUCCACUCGGUUUUGACACAUCGUUCAGGAUCACCAGCGAUGCUUUCACUAAUAUACUCAGAAAUUUUGAAAAUGCUUCGCCUAUGGGGAUUUUUGGAUUUUGAUGUGGAGAUAUUCUUUCCUCACGAUCGUCAUAGUCUUCCCAGAGGUUAUCAUAAACAGAAAAGCAAGGAAUCUGAUAAUGCACACAUAUUGACAUCACAAGCCCUUUUGGUGGAGAUUUUAAGAAAUUUGAAGGAUGCAUUCUGGCCAUUUCAGCAUGAUCAACCAGGGAAUUUAUUCUUGAGGGCAGCACGUGCUGCUAACUUCAUUGAUAGAUCAAACAUUAAUGAAGACAGUGGUUUUCAGCUGGCAUCUGCUAAGGCUGCUCAACAUAGACUAGAUCGUGGUGUUUGGACUAGUGUACAUUUUGGGGAUAUGAGGCGUGCCUUAUCUGCAUGUGAACGUCUUAUUCUCCUGGAAGCUGAUCCAAAGGAAUUAAGAGACUACAGCAUUCUUCUGUACCAUUGUGGAUUUUAUGAACAAUCACUUGAAUAUUUAAAGUUGUAUCAGGACACAAAGAGUCGCCCACUACAGAGGCAACCAUCUGAUUCAUUAGCCAUUCUUGAGGAAGAUGCUGUGGAGAAAUUGAUGAUACGCCUUAACCUAAUUUUGAUGGAGGAUGGUUGGAGCAGGCCGUCAUAUGUUAGAAAUUUUCUUGGUAAUAACUCUGAACCAUGGUAG